AUGGACACCGCAAAUACCUUCGCCAAACGCGACGACGGAUCCAGCCGCUUCUCCCUAUACGUCUUCGCCAUUAUCGUCGGCUGCAUCGCCUUCGUCCUCAUCGGAGGCAGUCUCUGGGCAAUGUACAAGGGAAUCGACGAUGAAAAGUUUCAAGACGUCCCCUACGAGCAGCGAAAGUACAUGCGCGAAGUACGACAUCGGAACCUGAAUCGAUUGGCAUACAACGCCGGACGGCCUGACAUGAUCAUUCCCGUUGAGGAAUCAAAUGUUUGA